CUGUCCUUGACACUCAACAUUUAAGGUUAUAGAUAGGUUAUGAAAUGAUCUAUCCUAUCGCAAAUAAAUAAAAUAAUGUAGUACUAAACUUUUGAAUACUCCGUAUUCUUUUGUAACUAAUUUUAAAAAUGCAAAACAAUGAAACGGAAACAAAUACCACGAAUAAAUGUAAAGUGAUAAUUGUAGGUGGUGGAAUGGCAGGCUUGUCUGCAGCUUACCAUUUAUCGAAAAAUGGAUUUCACGAUUUUAUAUUAUUGGAAGCCAGAAGAAGGCUGGGUGGUCGAAUAAUACAAAUUGGCAUAGGAAAUGAAAGAAUUGAAUUGGGUGCGAAUUGGAUACAUGGUGUGUUAGGUAAUCCGGUAUACGAAUUGGCAAUGCAGAAUGGUUUGGUUGAUAUUAUGUACAUGCCAAAACCUCCCAAGGUGAUAGCGGCCACUGAGCAAGGAAAACAAGUUCCGUUUUCAGUUUUGCAUGAAAUUUACGAAGCGUAUCUAUGUUUUCUAAGACGUUGCGAGGAGUAUUUCAUAUCUCAGUAUCUGCCACCAGAGGGAAUCGACAGUGUCGGUGACCACAUAAACUUGGAAGUGCAAUUGUAUUUAGAUAAAAUAAAAGACUCUCAAGAACGUCAUUUAAGGAACUUAAUCUUUGAUUGCCUAUUAAAGCGAGAAACGUGCAUCACUGGCUGUCAUAAUAUGUCCGAGAUAGAUUUAUUAGAAAUUGGUAGCUACACCGAAUUACAAGGCGGCAAUAUUAUAUUACCUGGUGGAUAUAGUUCAAUCUUAGAACCUUUAACCAGUGAAAUUCCUUCUCGGUGUAUCUUCAGAGAGCAUCCUGUGAAGAGAAUUAUAUGGGGCAAAUCAAAACAUGCUACUUCAGAUAGUGAUUCGGACGAUUCGGAUACAACCGUAAUCGAGGAACCCAGUAAAAAUCCCAUUUGUAAUAGUAGUAGUCGUGAGUCUAGUUGUGAAAAGCAAUCACCUGAGCACGAUAUCGAGGUUAUAUGUGAGAAUGGGGAAAGAUUCUACGGGGAUCAUGUGAUAUGUACUCUACCAUUAGGUGUUCUUAAGCGUAAUGCAAGACAGUUAUUUGAACCACCAUUACCCGACUAUAAAAUAGAGUCUAUUGAUAGGUUAUUAUUUGGAACUGUAGAUAAAAUUUUAUUAGAAUAUGAAAGGCCGUUUUUAAACCCUAAUAUAACAGAAGUGAUGCUUUUAUGGGAAAUGGAGGCUGGCACUACAGAUUUAAGUCAGAGCUGGUACAGAAAGAUCUAUUCGUUUACGAAGCUUUCGGACACCUUACUGUUGGGCUGGAUAUCGGGGAAAGAAGCGGAAUAUAUGGAAAAAUUACCCAGUGAGAUUGUGAUAGAUACAUGUACAAAUAUUUUGCGAAAGUUCUUGAACGAUCCAUAUAUUCCGAAAGCAAAAAGUUGUGUUUGCACAAGUUGGGCAAGUCAGCCAUACACUCAAGGGUCAUAUACAGCCAUUGCUGUUGGUGCAUCGCAAAUUGACAUUGAAUAUCUAGCUCAACCGUUGUAUAAUUCCAAAAGUCAAGCUAAACCUGUUUUAUUGUUCGCUGGCGAACAUACACAUAGUAACUUCUAUUCAACAGUACAUGGCGCGUAUCUCUCAGGAAGAACAUCGGCGCAAGUUUUGCUGUCCUCGGAUACACCCGAAGAAAUAGUAUUGAAUUGUGAAGAUACAAAUGACUUAAGUUCGUGGAUUCAAGGGAUAAGUCUUAAUUAGAUUGCCUUUUCUAACUGAAACUGUUGCAUUUGCAAAUUAAUUGAAAUUCAGAUUUAUUUUUUUGUAAUUAAGUGUGUCACAUCUACUUACAUUAAAAGCGCCAGUGAUCGAAUAAAUUAAGACCCCAUCAGUAAUUAAUUAGUAAUUUUUCAGAGGUCACAGACUUAUAAUAGUUGUUUACAUAA